AUGGCACCCCAAGAACCCGUCACGAAUGAAGAAACGCUUGAAAGCGUGAAGGAACGAUUGUGGAGUUCCCUCCCAUCUAUUGCGAAACUUCGGGCGGAAGUUAUUGCCACUGCCACUGCUGGGAAUAUUAACAACAACAACAACAAUGAUAAUAUGAUGAGUGGUGUUGAUGGGAAUGGAAAAGAAAAGACAACAGUGGCUGAUCCCUCGACUGCAGUGCGGGCGGCCUCUGUGCCUUAUGUGGAGAUGCGGCAGUUGUUGGAGUGUCUCUUUAUGGCCUGCCACACCAAUCCAGUGGAGUCCGAUGUGAAGGGGGGAGUGGAUUUGAUGUUAGAUACACCUAAACAACAAGAAGAAGAAGAAGAAGAAGAAGAAAAAGAACAGACAGUAUUAUCAGAGGAAAUGAAAAAUAAAGAAAAUACUCUUUACACAUGGGAUGAUUUUAUUCAUUUCUUAACAUCUGUGGAGUCUUUGUGGUUGGAUUGGCCUGAUGAGGAUGAGAAAUGGUUAGGUGUGAGUGAGAAACUUCAUAUUAGUGUAUUGAAGGAAUUAACAGAGUGUGUUACACAAGAUAUGGAUCCUUUUCUCUUGUUAGCACCUCAACAAGUCUUAACACUACAAUCAGAAGUGGCACAUGCAAAGACACUAGUAACACCAUUUGAGUUUUUUUUAGAUUUUGUAAAACCUAGUGAAUAUCCAGAGAUAUAUAAUACACUUUGGACACUUUUUACACAGAAUGAAGAAAAAGGAACAUGUCAAGAGAAUCUUUCUCUUGAAAAGUUUACUAUUUUCUUUAAAUGGUUUUACCUUCAAGUUUUUGCAAACACUACUGAAAUGGCAACAGAAGUAGUUGCCAAAACUAUGUGGCUCGAACAUUUAAAUGCACAUGGUGUAAUGACAAAAAAACAGUUUGUAGAAAUUUGUCGUUAUAUGUGUAGACUUUAUUGUCUUGAAAAAGAUGAUGUUAAAUGUUUAGAGAAUUUUUAUAAUACCAGCAAAAAUUCUCAUUUGCAAAUUUCUGAAGAAACUUUAACGGCAGAACAUUUACUUUUAGAGUGUAAUACCUCUUCAGCAACCCGUAUACUGGAUGAUCCAAAUAAUCUCUAUGUACCGGAAGAAUUAGAUGAAGUAAAACAAGAGAUGCAGUUGUAUGCUAGAGAUGCAAAUGCUAAUCGUAUUAUUAUAUAUGGUAAACGCGGUAUAGGUAAAACUUCUCUGGCAAAGGCUUUAGCCAAUCAUUUAAAUUGUGUUCAUUUGAGUGUGGAAGAUCUUGCUAUGGAAGCAGUUGCUAAAGCGAAUACAUUUGAGGAUUCACUUGGGACUCAAAUUAUUGAUUGUAUUGAUAAUAAUACUACUAUACCUCUUUCAAUUUUGAUGGCUUUGGUUCGAAAAAAGAUUAACAUGGAUGAAACUCUGUAUCGUGGAUAUGUUUUUAGUGAUCUUCCACUUUUUUCUGGUGAAGAAAACUCUGAUGCCAUAGAGUUUUUAAAUGGUUGUGGAAUAAUGGAUUCGUUUAUACCAAGUACUCUUGUACACUUAAACUGUGAUGAUCACUUUCACCAAGAACGUCUUUCUGUUACAUUAGAGGAACGAAAUGUAUUUUAUCAACGUGAAUUAGAUCUUCGUCGUGCUGCAGAGGAAGACGCCUCUCAUCAUCAAACCCUCACUGAUCGUGUAAAGCACCUUCAAGCCAUCAUUAAAGAAUAUACAGAAAUGUCAACAGCCGCAGCCGCAGCAGAUCCUAAUUCUGUGGAAACAGAGACACUGGAGGCAGCGAAAGCAGCUGCGGCUGAAGCGGAAACGGAAUUACCAAAUGCAUUGGAAGAAGAAGCCAAAAAUGCGGAAAAAAUAUCACAAAAAAGUGCAGAUCGUACAAGGGAGAUUAGAGAACUUGCAUUAGUAAGAAUGAUUCAACAAUCCCUUUCACCUGAUGAAAAAGGGAAUGAUACUAUUUCUAUAAUAGAUCUUCCAUGUUUUCAAUCAAUUUUAGAGCGUCUUCAAUCUUUGGAACGUUGUUUAACCGUUGGAUGUACUUCUUUAAUUGAAGAUUCCGUCACAUACAUUGUGAAUACAUUAAGACUUCAACCUUGUAUUCUACCAAACGAUCUUGCAGAGAAACUACUACAACAGGAACAAGAACAACAACAACAACAACAAUUGGGAGGAAAUGAAACGGGUGCUAAUAUGGAACGAGAUCUUGGAAUUGCAAGAUCUGUUGAGGAUACAGCUACAGAGAUGGGAGUUAUUCCAUCUACCCGAUGGAAACGUUUUUGUCCUGUAACUUUCUCAGAAUCCGGUGUUUUAGUAGAAGGAACUGCACGAUUUGGUUGUGUGUAUCGUCAACGAUUGUAUUAUCUCGCUUCUGAAGAAAAACUUCAAAAGUUUAAGGCUAAUCCAUUACCAUACAUACGAUCUAUACCUUUAGAUGGUAAACCCAUCUUACUUCUUUCUACUAUAGAGAAAAAAGAUGAAGAGCAAUUUCCAUCUAGUAAUGUACAAGAAUUAAUACAAAUACUUCAUGAAAAACUUCAACUUACUCCACUUGAAUUUAAUGAUUUUAUUGCCCAAUGGGAUAAACACCGUAAUUUAAAAGGAUUACGGGCUCAAUCUUUAGAGACACGAGCUAAAUAUGAACUUACGGAACGUAAACUACGUGCAGAUCGUUUUAAAAAACGUAGGGUAUCUGAAAAGAAAAAAAUCAAAAAACCGAGACCACCAUCAACAGGUCGUAAAGGACGUAAAAGUACAGUAGUUGUUCCUGAACCAGAAGAAGAAUUUAAUGGAUGGAAAAAAGAAAAUAAUAAACCUGAAACACUUGUUUCUCGCAUUGAAAAGCAAAUCUCUGAUAAUUUAGACCGCAAAAAGACUUUUGUUCCCAUUUUAGUUCACGCUCUUGGAGAUAAUAUAUCUAUGAACGCUUUUGAUCAACUCUUUGGAGAAGGUGUUUUACCUGAAACGGUGAUUGUACUUCAAUAUGAGAAUUCCUCAACAGAAGAUGAAGAAACAACAUCUCCUUUACAACCACCAACGGAUAAAAAUACAAAGGAAGAUAGUGGAGAUGGAACCGGUGGUGGUAAUUCAAGUGAAGUAAAACCACCAAUGCCCCAAUUGAGUAUGAUAGAAAAAUUAGAAAAGGGUAAAGCUACUACUAGUACUAAUAGUGAAAAUAAUGGUAGUGAAUCAACUUCACAGACAUUUAAAAUUCAUCGUAUGAUUGUAAAUAAUAAAGAUGCCCAUAUUUUGGCAGCAGAAAUACUUCAAGCUGUUUGUCCUGGUAUGUCUCCUGUAGAGAAUGGGAUAUUAGAUGAUGCACUAGAAGAGAUGGAAGAAGAAGGAGCCGAAAUGAAUGAUGAUGAAAAUGAUGAAGAAGAUGGAGAGGAAUUUGCUAUAGGUCCAAAUGAUCCAGCUCUACGUCCUGGUAAACGUUAUCUAAAUCAAUUUGGUUCUCGAUUAGACUAUUGUCCUGUAACUCUUUAUGAAAAAAGACUUCUUGUUCGUGGAAAUAAAGAUUAUUGUUUACAGUAUGAACAAAAAUUAUAUUUAUUCACUUCAGAAGAAGCAAUGGCAAAGUUUGAACGUAAUCCGUUACGCUAUCUUGAAAUUCCACCACCUCAGGUUCCACCUCGUAUUUGGUUAGUUGGAUAUUCAAGAAGUGGUAAAAAAACUCUUGCAAAAUCUCUUCAAGAAAAAUAUAAUGUACCUUAUUUUGCUUAUGAUCGAAAAUUCUUUGAGCGUUGUAUUGAAGCUGCACGAAAGCCAGGUGGUGAUAUUGUUGAAGGUAUUCCUAUAAGUGAAGAAAAAGGUAAUAAUCCAUAUCUUAACCUUGCUGAGUCUAUUCUUAAGGAUGUACGAGACUUUGCGGCUGAGCAAGAACGAUGUAAAAAAUUACGUCAAGAAGCUGAAGCUGAAAUGGAGCGACGUGCGCAAGCGGAACAGAAUCACGAGGAAGACGAAGAGGAAGAAGAUGAAGAAGAAGAAUUAAAUGAAGAAGCCGAAGCACGUCUACAAGAACAACUAGAAUUUGAAUCUGAAGGUGAAGAAGAACGUGAGGUACGUCUUAGUGAGGCAUAUCUAAAGAUUGCUAGUUGUGUCACACGCAUUGAGCCAUUUGAAUCGCAGGGAUAUAUGAUGGUGUGCCCGCCCUUCUCAGAGGGUGAUAUUGAAGUGAUGUUUGGUGUUGGCGGUAUUCCAGAAGUGGCAGUGCAGAUGGAAUUGUCAACUGAACACUACCGUACACGUGCUAUGGAAGUAGUGGCCCAACAACGUGCGGCUCGUCCACCAAAGGAAACCGUUCAAACUUCUUCAGAAGAAGAGAAUCGUAUGAAAUUAUGGCUUGAAAAGGAACAACGGAGAAAAGAACGGGAAUUACGUAAAUGGCGUCGUCGUCAUAUUGGUAAGGAUGAUCCUGAAAGUGAUCCAGAGGAUAACAGUGAAGAUGAGUCACCUGAAGAGAUGAAUAGAAAGACUACUGAUCAAGAUAAUGAUAAUAAUGAUGAUGAUGAUGAUGAUGAUGCAAUUAUGCAAUCAAUUGAAGCGGAUCAAACUAUAGAACAAGAGGCUAUAGCAGAAUUUGUAGAUGCUAUUUCUUCAAGAUUUAUUAAUGUUAUUCAACUUAAUGGUGAUCUUUCUCCAAAUGCUAUUUUUCGAGCUGCCAUACGUCGACUUUUCAAGGUAAUGGAACAUAGACGUUCUCUUAUGUAUGUUGCACAGGUUAUUCGGUAUGAUGAAGCUAUAAAAAUGCUUGAAUCUGGUGGAGCGAAUCUUUCUUAUUUUAGAUAUACAGAUCCUGUUUCGUUGUAUGAUGAACGACAUGGAGUAAGGCGUGUAUGUAAGUGGAUGCCCAAUGGUAGUGUUGAACUAUCAGAACCAACGGAGGAAGUCGGAUUAAAUGGAGUCAAUGGAAACAAAAGGAAAAAUAAGGAUAAAUUGCAUGAAGGAGAAGAGGAAGAGGAAGAUGAAGAUGAAGGGGAGUAUGAUGAAGAAGAGGAAACAGAAAAUAGUGAGAAUAGUGGUAAUAAACAUUCUCAGAAGCAACGUCCUCAAGAUGAGAAGGAAAAAGCAAUGGAAAAUAUCUUUCCAGAUUUGGAACUUUCAGAAGUAGAUGAGAUGAGUGAAAUUGGUACAGAAGAAAUGGAAGAAGUACAUGAAACUUAUGAAAGACGAAAACGACGAGAAUGGCUUCGUAAAAGUCCACGUGUGGCUCUUUUUUGUGGUCGAUUGUACUUUUUUGAAAAUGAUGCCGAUCUUCUUAGGUACUUACAUGAUCCCCAAUUAUUUGUACAACAACCUCCACCUUUGCCUGAACCACAAAAUAAAACGGUUAUUUCUGUAUAUGAAAUGAUAGACAAUCAACGUAAUGAAGAAGGGGUGAAAGAACGAACUACUGCUCAUCAUAUGGCAUUUAAUCUUCACUCUUAUUUAAUAUCAAUUCCAAAACUUCUUUCAUGGGCAGCAACUCAUAAACCAUUACUUUCUCUUUCACAAGAGGCAAUUAAUGCUGUUAUUACUGGAAUUGCUAGUGAAUCAUUAAUUACGGAAUUAUUAUCUCAUCGUCUUAAUGGAGCAGAUGUACGAAGUAAAGGUGCGGUAUUACUUAACUUACCUAGAAGUUCAGAACAAUAUAAUACUCUCUUAGAAAGGGAAUUACGUGUAGAAAAGGUGUUUCAAUUUGAUGACAUUUAUGAAAAUAUUACCAAAGUGAUAAAAUCUACAGCGACAGUAGAUGUACCUUUUUCAGCUCCUCGAAAUUCUAUUGCUGCUCUUGCAGAAAUAACAAGAUAUAUUGAUGUAUUUAAAAUGAAUGAAGGUCGUGCCAUAUUAUCUAUCCUUAGGGGUUUCCCAAUGAAUAUGAAUAAUUUAUAUUAUACUACAAAAGAAAUUGAAACACAUCUUUCCUCAUAUCAAUGGUUUUGUCCAUAUAAUUGGUCUUUAAAUGGAGACUUGGUUGACCAAAGUAAAAGCCGUUGCUAUGGAGCAGUUUACUUGGGAAACUUUUACUUUUUCUCUUCUGAAGAAUAUCUUCAACGAUUUUUACUCCACCCUGCAGAAAUAACAGUUUCACCUGGAUUAAAACCUCUUCCAGAUGCACUUCCAUCUCGUGUACCACCUAGUUCAACAUAUAAAUUGGAAUUAUUAGGUUGUUGCCCUGUCACUUUGUAUGAUACACGAAAUAAUAAAGGACUUCGAGGUGUACUGGAGCCUUUGGCCAAGAAUGGUGAUAUCAAUUGCAUUGUAGAGUAUAAGGGUCUUUACUAUGCAUUGCUGGAUGAGGUUGCGCUAGAGCGUUUCAUGUUGAGACCAUGGCAAUAUGUAGAAGGAGCACAGUUACCUCCUCCUCGAAAAAUUCCACUUGCUGAAGGUAAAACAAUGUCAACUAUUGGAGAAGAAGAAUAUAUGCGACGUAUUUUGUAUGAUCCGGUGGCUCGUGCAUUAAUUGCGGUAGCAGAAUCACGCCCCAAGUACCCGGGUUUAUCGCUGGAAGAAUCUGCAUUGAAAUUCAUGGCCCUUCACAUGAAGUGUUUUAAUGAUAAAAAUACUACUAUACAAGCAGAACAGUAUAAGGAUAAUUUUGAAGUAUUUCGUAAACGUUCCACACUAUAUAGGACUAUGACAGAGGUUUCACAAGAGGAUGCCCAUAGUGAAAAAUUUACAGAUCUUUGUUCAGAGUGGGUAAAGGCUACAGAUACGAAAAAUGACAAUGUCACUCCCUUGAUACGACUACGACCUGUUUAA